CGAAUAAAACAUUAUAAACACUUUUAUAUACACUCGCAGUUUAAAUUUCAAAGUUGGUAUCCGUGUCAGCAUAUACGUCAAAAUCAGCUGUCAGUCAAAAAAUUUGUUGUGAAAUUAAAAAUGGAUAACGAAAUAAGACAGGCUGUAUUAGAGUACUUAUUAGAUUCAUCUUCAAGUGAAGAAAGUACAUCUGCAUCAGAAUUGGAGGACAGAAUAAGCUCCAAUGACUCCUCUUCUGAUGAGGAUACGCAUGAAAAGGUUGCCAAUUUUAUGGAAACCAUUGAAAAAUACAGUGAAACUGAUUUUAAAUCUCACUUUAGAUUAGAUCGCUCAACUGCAGACCAAUUAAUAGAAAGCUAUUCACAAACUGAUUUCUUCGCAACUUCUAAUCAUGGGGGUAAAAUGAAAAUUGAAGCCAGAGAAGAAAUUUAUUUGUAUGUAUGGUACGUCAGUAACACUUUGACAUUCAGGCAGUUGGGAAACCUGUUUGGAGUUGCAACAUCUACAGCGUGGUCUAUAGUUGGACGUGUUAGCAGCUGGCUAGUUUCCAAAGGUAGAGAGUUUAUAAAGUGGCCUCAAGGUGAUGCCGUUGAGCAAAACUGCCGAAAAUUUGAGGCCAAGAAAAGAAUACCGAGUGUAAUUGGAGCGAUAGAUUGCACCCACAUCGUAAUUUCUGCUCCCAAAAGCAAUAAAAAGUGCUAUUACGACCGUAAACAAAACUUUACUAUUGUGUUGCAGGCCGUUGUUGAUGCAGACAAGAAAUUCAUCGACAUAUGUUGUGGAGAACCUGGUUCGUUACAUGAUAGUAGAGUGCUCAAAAGAUCAACAUUAUACAAUCGAGUGCAAACCAAUUAUACUCAGCUAUUUCCAUCGAACACUUAUCUAUUAGGUGACUCGGCGUAUGCUUCUUCACACUGGAUAGUGCCUCCAUUUAAGGACUAUGGCCAAUUAAGUGACCAGCAAAAAGCGUUUAAUUUCAUUCACUCAUCAACCAGGAUGGUGAUUGAAAAUGCUUUUGGUUUGCUAAAAGGACGGUUCAGAAGAAUUAAUAAGUUCACUGAACAACGAAAUCUUAAUUCAGUCAAAAGAAUUGUUGUAAGCGCUUGCAUUUUACAUAAUUUGUGUAUUAUCAACGCUGAUACCAUUGUACUGGACCAAGAAGCAACACCCGAGGAAAGACAUUUAGAACAAACCUCGAAUCUUGAAAACAUUCUCCUAGUUUUAAUUUUGGCAGGUCUUGUUGAUGGCAGUGCAGCAACUCCAACAGAAGCUACUGGGGCAGCUCCAGGAAAAGAUGCUGUGGCAGAAAAUCCAACAAAAGCUGCAGCAACUCCAGCAGAAGCUGCUGAUCCACCAAUUACGUUAUUGGUUUCUGUUUCUAAGGCAGCAGCAUUUGAAGCAGAAGCUGUAUUUGAAUCUGUAUCGGCCGCAAAAUAUUCCAAUGUAGGAGAUGCCUCAGCAUGUGUUUCUGGGAACCUGCUUGUCGUUGAGGGCAUAUCCGGUGAGGUUGGAAUUAAAACUGGUGCAUUUGUAAAAUGUUCAGACCCAAAGUUGAUAGUUUCGGCUUUUGAAUGA